AUGGGAAAUUGGAGAUCACGAAACAAGACCGAUCCUCGGAGUGUUGAUCGGGGAGCCGGCUUUGAUCCCGAUGAGAAAUGGUCGAAUUUGUAUCGAGAACGCGAGAAGAAUCACCUCUACAAAUGGGUGGGCACAAGGAAAGGUGGUGAUCUGAUUGCCGUUUUUGAGCGCGAUGGUGAGGAAGGGAUUCUCAGAUUCGCUGAAGAAAAAAUGGUGUCAAUGCUGUUUAACGAGGGAGAAAUGGCGCAACUCAUCAAAUUUCAAGAUUAUAUCAAAUGGAAGAAAGGAGUGAAUCUCUCUUUGGGUCUUUCUGAGGAUGGGAUUGAAGAGAUGGAGCCGAAAUUUCGAGAGCAUCAUGCAUUGUGGAGACUGAAUAAAAGAGGGGUUGAUGGUGAAAACGUGAUUCAUCUUUUGCUGAAUCGAGAGCAACCGGUUUGCUAUGAGAUUGCGAGGAUUCUCUUGAAGAGAUUUCCUGGAAUGGUCAACGAUGUCUACAUGGGUGAUGAGUUGUUUGGCCAAACCGCUCUCCAUUUGUCGAUUGUACACGAUGAUCACGAGACUGUUCAACUACUUUUAUCAAAUAAAGCUGAUGUAAACGCUCGAGCUUGCGGGAAUUUCUUUCUUCCAGAAGAUUACAAGACAAGCGGGAAAAUCGUUGACUAUCAAGGUUACGCCUAUUAUGGAGAGUAUCCAUUGGCUUUUGCUGCUUGCUUUGGGAACAAAGAUAUCUAUGAUCUUUUGAUACAGCAUGGUGCCAACCCGAAUCUCCAAGAUUCUUUCGGGAACACAAUCCUGCACAUGUGUGUCAUCAACUACAGCAGUUCAAUGUACUCGUACGCUGUGCGACAUUGGGCGAAACCAGCCGAUCCGCAUAUUGUUAAUUACGCUGGUUAUACCCCACUCACUCUUGCCACAAAACUUGGCCGAAAGCAGAUCUUCGACGAAAUGUUAGAGUUGAUGAAAGUGGAAUUCUGGCGUUUUUCUGAUAUGACUUGUUCGGCUUAUCCUCUCACCGCUCUUGACACAAUUCGACCAGAUGGAUCAACAAACUACGAUUCUGCACUGAUGACAGUUAUUAACGGAACAACCACUGAACAUUUAGACAUGAUUGGAAGUGAAGUGAUUCAACGAUUGUUAAUGGACAAAUGGAAAGCAUUUGCAUCGAGGAAACUAUUUGAACGUCUUGGUUUACUUUGUAUUCAUCUCUUUUGUUUAUGUUUGGUUGUUUAUUUGCGACCGGCGCAAAUCGAUCGGCUUUACAUGAUAGCACCGGAGUGGGAUGAUUAUGUACGGACCGUUUUCGAGAUCCUAACCGUCAUUUCAUGUAUUGUUUUCGUUUUCUUUCAACAGCUUAGCGAGCUUCGGCAACAGGGUUUCUACAGUUAUUUGAGAAAUUUGAUCACAGCGCCAGCGAAAGUGAUCUUCUUGAUGGCAAAUGUUUGUCUCUUAUUAUGCGUUCCAUGUCGAGUGAUGAGAAAGCACGAAUUCGAGGAAGCUCUCUUCGUUUUUGCUCUUCCCGGCAGUUGGAUAUUUCUCUUAUUCUUUGCGAGAAGUUUAAAAUUAACGGGUCCAUUUGUGCAAAUGAUCUACAGUAUGAUUGCUGGAGAUAUGAUUCGUUUCGCUAUCAUCAGUGCUAUCUUUCUUAUAUCUUUUUCGCAAGUCUUUUACUUUGUCGGCAAAGAUAUGGAUGCAAAGCAAUCACUUCAAGAAGACGAUGAUAACUUUUGUGAAGUCACAGGAUACACUAUUUACACAUACAACAAUUUUCUGGAAACCUUUAUUACAUUGUUUCGAGCGAGUAUGGGAGGAUAUGAUUACGAGGAAUUCGCUUGCGCUAACUAUGAGGGUUUAACGAAAACCCUUUUUGUUUUAUACAUGUUUGUGAUGCCAAUAAUGAUGAUUAAUAUUCUUAUUGCUAUGAUGGGAAACACAUAUACGACUGUCAUUGCACAAGCUGAGAAAGCCUGGAGACAACAGUACGCUCAAAUCGUGAUGGUUUUGGAGAGAUCGGUAAACCGGGAGAAGCUAGCCGCUUGUCAAUUGGAGUACUCGAUUAAAUUGAAUGAAAGCAGUGAUACAGGAAUGGAAAUCCGAGGACUCAUGGUCAUCAAACAGACGAAAAAAACGAGAGCAAAACAAAGGAAACAAGCGAUUAACAAUUGGAAGAAUAUUGGGAGAAAGGUAAUUCAUACAAUUGAGAAAGUCGGUGUCGAUCAUGCAAUCCUUCUUCUUCAUGGACAUGAUCGACUUGUCGAUGAGGAAAGAGUACCAAGUCGAAAUCGAACACCGACACGACUAACAACCGGUAGUCGAACACGGCCAAAAACAGUGACUCGUGAGUUGUCAACAGCUGGAAAUGGUUCGAUGACGGAAAGAAAAGUGCAUAGUCCUUUCGAAUUUGCUGAGGUGGUCACUGAAAAAGCGCGUUUCGAAGAGGUUCGUGUUGGAACGGCUGCCCGUCCACUCUCCUCACUCUCCACCAUUUCCACAACACUUCAGCCAGUAAUCAACGAAUGGCAACCCACAAAUGCCCCUUUGGCUGAAGUCGAGGAAACGAGCACGCCACAUGUAUCCAUCACAAUGCAACAGGAAAUCCUUGGACAACAAAGGGUUCGUGUUCGUGGCGCUGAGAUGAUCCCCUCAAACGAUGUCCCCAACAUGCCCACCUCCACCCAGGCACAUCGAGCCGUUUCCCCGAAAGUACGGACGGAUAUGUUCCGUCGAAAGGACUCGCCCGGAUCUGGUGGAUCAAAA